AUGUUCAACAGCGGGGGCUUGAACUUGAAGGGUGUCAAUGAAACUGAUAAAGUCUUACUAAAAUCCUGUAUGCUGAAUACAAUCCCAAGUCGAAAAAUGUCGCUCGGCGGAGUGUAUCAUUCAAUUUUAUCCAAACAUUCUAACAAAGUUUGCUCGUCUAUGUUUCAAGAUAGCACCUUUCGAAUGCAAAAAAAGCACCUGAGAUUUUCUGUAUCAUCUCCAUCUAAGUCAUGGGAGAAAAACAUUGAAGCGUGGAAUAUUAAAGAAAAUACUUUUCUGUCUCAAAAGUUGAUCCAAAGGUUGGAUGAUAAUGACGAUUCUCUAGACAAAGACGAUGCAAUUACAAGUCGCCACAUUGAAACUUAUUGUAAUGAAAUUGUUGAUACAUCCCGAACGAACAUGGAUGUUGACAAAAUCGUUAUUGCUAGUGAAUCAAACACUGACAGUUCCUUAGCAAGCACACAAGCAGACAAAAUUAUUAAGUCUGAAGAGAAUAACACGAGUGUUGAUGAAAUUGACAGGUCACUAACAACAAGCAAUGACACGUCCGUUUCUAAUAAUUCUUCAUUAUUUCUAACUGAUACCAAAAACUACAAGAGUCCGUAUCAUGAGGCUUCUUUCACUAAUCGCAGUCCGGUAACAUCAUCAUCUGACUGGCCGGUUAGUUUUAUUGGCAGUCAUGACGAUUGUAACUUGCAACGGUCAGAAUCAGGUGGAUCUCUUCAAGAUUUACCUAGGGCAGAUUUGAGUCAAUUAGUCAGACCACCUCUGAGACGAGUAAAGAACAACGACAGUCCAAGAGCUUCCAAAUUAACACCUCGAAGAUCUUCAAGGCGUAGCACUGCGUUGACAGAACUGAAACAUAACCUGCUCACAACUGAACCUGUUUCAUCUAUGUCAACAAGUUCUUCAUAUCACAUUGACACUCUUCUCGAUACUUCAAUUCAAAAAUCCAGUUCACAUAUAAAGAACGAGAAUUAUAAGGAAGAGAAUGAGGCGUCAACAAGCUCUUCGCAGAAAAUAAAUGAUAACAAUUUAAAUGAUGAUGUAUAUUGUCAAAUAUGCUUUUCCUGUGCAGCAAGAGAAGAAACAGUCGAAACUAAUGAUAGGCACGAUCCAGGUGUAGUUGAAUUCAAAUCUUUUAUACAAGAUAUUAAUUUUCGAACCCCAGUAAAGCGUCCAAAAGGUGAUCAUGAUGUGGGGAGGCAGUCGAGCAGGAAAUCUGUCAGUAAACUCAAAAAACACAUGAAUAGAGAUGAUGGGGAUGGCUCCGGAGAAAAAAAACUGCAACAAGCAGAGGAGUGUCAUGAACCAGUUAAAAAAUCAUUAAAAAUGGAUGAGUAUUCUAUUGAGCCUAACGAAAGAUUGACACCUGCUCAAAGGUUGAUCAGGAGUAAACGUCUGAAUAAAAAAAUUAAUUCAGAAGAUAAUAAGCCCCUGAACGAUCAGCACGUCAAAAUGUUGCCCAACGUAUCAGAUCAUUUUUCGAUGGCUGAUAUUAAGAAUGCAGACACUACAUUUAAAUUUUCAAACCCUUCUGUCAAGCACACAAAAAGAAAAUCAGAAACUAGGUCCGGAUCAAUGAAGUUCGUCUUCUCGCCUCCACUCACCAGGGCAAGGCAAAAGAAACAAAUUGAUGACCAUGACGAAACAAAGAAUAAACGUUAACAAUCGAACUUUUAUUACUAAUCUCUGUUUCGCAUGCGUUGAUAGAAAAAUUUAAUAAAUUUUUUGGAAGUUUUGGUUGGCUGAAGUAUGUGCACAUAUCUUCCAACAACUGUCUUUGUUUUUAAGUGUACGAACGUUAUUAGAAACAAUUAACCUUUUCAAUUUUAUUUCUAGAGCAAAAUGAUUAUAUAUAAAUGACAGAUCAUGAAGAUUUA